AUGUUUGCCCCUCCCACGGCUCUGCCCCCUCCACCUCCACUGACGUCAGGGACACUGCAGGUUCCAGGACACCCCGCUGGUAGCACUUACUCAGAACAAGAUCUCCUCCGUCAGGAACUAAACACGCGGUUUUUGGCCUCGCAGAGCGCAGACCGCGGGGCCUCCCUGGGCCCCCCGCCCUACCUGAGGACCGAGUUCCACCAGCACCAGCACCAGCACCAGCACACACACCAACACACACACCAGCACACCUUCACGCCUUUCCCCCACGCCAUCCCACCCACUGCCAUCAUGCCGACGCCAGCACCGCCCAUGGUGCGUACCCCAGGCAGAAAUUUUGACAAAUACCCUACAAAAGUUGACCCCUUCUACCGUCACAGUCUGUUUCACUCCUAUCCUCCAGCUGUAUCAGGUAUUCCUCCCAUGAUUCCUCCAACUGGCCCCUUUGGAUCCCUACAAGGAGCUUUUCAACCCAAGACUUCCAAUCCUAUUGAUGUUGCAGCCAGGCCUGGGACGGUCCCACAUACCCUUCUCCAGAAAGAUCCACGGUUGACAGAUCCGUUCAGGCCCAUGUUGAGGAAACCUGGGAAGUGGUGUGCCAUGCACGUCCACAUCGCCUGGCAGAUCUACCACCACCAACAGAAAGUCAAGAAACAGAUGCAGUCGGAUCCACACAAGCUGGACUUCGGCCUGAAACCAGAAUUUCUGAGCAGGCCACCAGGCCCCAGCCUUUUUGGAGCCAUCCACCACCCCCAUGACCUGGCCCGGCCCUCGACUCUCUUCUCCACAGCCAGUGGGGGGCAUCCAGCUGGCACCCCUUUUGGCCCACCACCUCACCACAGCAACUUCCUCAACCCAGCUGCUCACUUAGAGCCCUUCAACCGCCCGGCGUCCUUCAGCGGCCUCACCGCCGUGGGCAGCAACGCCUUCGGGGGGCUCGGGAACCCCACAGUCACACCCAACUCAGUGUUCGGCCACAAGGAUGGCCCCAGUAUGCAGAGCUUUAGCAACCCUCACGAGCCCUGGAACCGACUGCACCGAACUCCUCCUUCGUUCCCGACCCCUCCGCCCUGGCUGAAGCCAGGAGAGCUGGAGCGCAGUUCAUCUGCUGCAGCUCAUGACAGAGAUAGAGAUGUAGAUAAACGAGACUCAUCUGUUAGUAAAGAUGACAAAGAAAGGGAGAGCAUUGAGAAAAGACACUCCAGCCAUCCUUCGCCAGCACCAAUCCAUCCAGUAAAUUCCCUCGGACAUAACCGCAGCUCAAACGAGCAGAUCAGGAGCCAUCUGAACCCCGAGGUCCGAGAGAAAGAGAAACCCAAAGAACGAGAGAGGGAUCACUCCGAAUCCCGGAAGGAAAUUAAUGUUGAAGAGCACAAGGUGAAGGACAACUAUAUUUCGGAGAAAGAAGGCCUGAGCCAUGAAAGCCGAGUGGUGGAAGAGUCUAAGCAGAUGCCCAGGGUUCCUUCCCCCUAUGCCAGGCCCCCCGUUGUGGAGAGCACCAGGCCCAACAGCACCUCAAACCGCGAGGCCGAGAGGAAGAACGAGCCGGCGUACGAGAAUCCCAAGAAAAGCAACGAAGUCAAAGUGAAGGAAGAGCGAAAGGAAGACCAUGAUGUUCAACCUGAGGGACCUCAGACUCAUCGGUCAUCUGAUCAGCCACCACCUAUAUCUACAUCCAACGUCCAUCCAAGUCCUCUAGUGUCUAUGCCCAUGACUGUAGGUGUAACUGGAAUACAUCACAUGAACAGCAUCAGUGGCCUGGAUAGGACUCGCAUGAUGACGCCUUUUAUGGGAAUUAGCCCAAUUCCUGGUGGAGAACGUUUCCCCUAUCCUUCUUUCCACUGGGACCCGAUGAGGGAUCCCUUGAGAGAUCCGUACAGAGAGCUGGAUAUUCAUCGGAGAGACCCCCUGGGCAGAGACUUUUUGCUAAGGAAUGACCCCCUUCACCGUCUUUCCACGCCAAGACUGUACGAAGCAGACAGGUCGUUCAGGGAUCGGGAGCCUCACGACUACAACCACCACCACCAUCACCACCACCCUCUGUCUGUCGACCCUCGGCGUGAGCACGAGCGGGGCACCCACCUGGACGAGCGGGAGCGGCUGCACAUGCUGCGGGAGGACUACGAGCACGCGCGCCUGCACUCGGUGCACCCGGCCGCCCUGGACGGGCACCUGCCCCACCCCAGCCUCAUCACCCCGGGGCUCCCCAGCAUGCACUACCCCCGAGUCAGCCCCCCCACGGCACACCAGAACGGCAUCCUCAACAAAACUCCCCCCACAGCAGCUCUCAGUGCCCCCCCGCCUCUUAUUUCCACGCUGGGACCUCGGCCCGGGUCUCCCAGAAGGACUACUCCUCUGUCCACGGAGAUGAGGGAGAGGCCCCCCUCUCACACCCUCAAGGACAUUGAAGCUCGAUAAGCAGAGUGAGACUGAAUAAAAAACACAGAAAGAAGGACAAAAACGUUGUACAUGAACAUAAUAUAAAGACCUUCUUACUAGUCAUUGCUACAGACUGGGGAUGUGACCCACUGUACAAUAUGUAUAGACCCGAGUGCAAAGAUUUUGAAAUGGUUUUUUUUGUAUAUUAUAUGUUGAAAUUUUCCAGAUCUUUUAGCCAAGUCCAUACGUUUCUCGUGUCUCCUACUCUAUUUUAUUUCUAGUUUAAGAAUUUCAAUAUUUGAACUGAAGAACAAGACAUCAAUCUGAGUGAUUUGACUAGAAACAAGCCACCACCAAUGUCAACCCUACAAAGCUCUUUCAGACCAGAAAUGAAGUCAAUUGUAGAUAUUUAUGUAAAAAGAUUGCUUCAUGGGUUAAUGGUUCAUAUAUGCAAAAAGGGUAAGAUGAAAGCUUUACUUUGUACAAAUGUAAAUAGAUAAAAUUAAGUAACAUAAUACAUUAAUACUUCUUAAACUGUGCUAUUUGCAAACUUAAUAUUGAUCAACACAGUCUGCUUAUGCUGUGUUACAUAUAUUGUUAUAGACAGCUAAACCCCUUCAACUAUGCAAUGAAUUUAAGGCUUUUCACAAAAGCCUUUAUAACUCAAAGGAGCCUUUUCAACACACAACAUAAUUAAAGUCAUAUUUUCCCUGAACAAGCUCAUUUCUAAUAGGAGCCUAUUUCUCUUGCUUGUUUUGAUGAAGAAACAGCCCACUAGAGGUGCAGUUUUCUGUCUGAAGCCCUGCAUGAGGCUGCUGAGGUCACUGGAGCUCGUGUGUCGCUUCCACGGCGUCAGGGUCAGUGCUCUGUAAGCACCGGUACUGGAGUCAUGGCCAGUUGGUUUUCAGUCACAUUCAUCUGGGUUAAACAGGAAUAAUCAAAUGCUGGAUCUUUUCCAGAACUUUUGUCACUGAACAUGUCAGAUUUCUUUCUGGAAGAGCAUCUGCUUAUAGCCAUUCAUGUCUGGUUUUAUUGCCAGUCUGUCAUUUUUAUCUGUACACACGCUUUUUCUUUUUUUUGUGUUAUGGGAUUUUUAGCUACCUUGAAACAAAUCCUACAAGAAUACUUUUCUAAAUGAUGGAUAUGUUUUCACUGUGGAUCAGUGUUUAAUUAAUGAACUCCAUUGCAGAUUUCAUAAUGCAAUUUAUUGUAUUUCAGUUGGUAAUAAAGUCUGUGAAGAGUUAAUAGGCCAGCCUUGUUGUUCCCUAAUCACAGAAGCCAUGAAAUAACAUGAAGAACAUGGUCCUUUUUACAAAUAUGCAUCAAUCUUCUGAAAUCUUGUCUUUUCAUAGCACACUUUUUUAUAAUGCAUUAAGUUUCUUGUCUAAAUAUUUGGAGAGAAUAUGACUUUAUCAGAGAGAAUUCAAUAUCUUGUCUACUGGACUGUAAAAUAUAUGUAUGAAAUAAAAUUAGUUCCAUUGGUCUUCUAGUGUAUUAAAGUGCUAUCUGAAGUUGUUACCCUGUUUUGGCAAAAAAAAAAGAAAAAAAAAAGAAAAAAGUUAACUACAGACAGUUGUUUCUAAUGAUCAGAGAUCUAUUUUAGUAGUCAACUGAAGGUUUAGUUGUGAGCUUCAGAUUUUGUGAACUCCAGAUGUUGUGCGGUGGUUUCUUUUCUUUUUUUUUUUUCUCUUUUUUUUUUCUUUUUUUUCUUUUUUUUUUUAAGAACAAAAGGAAAAAUCCAAAAAAAAUCCCAACCCUGAGGAAUAUGUACACUGGAACCGUAGUGGUAGCUUUCAGUAUUGUAAAGAGAUUGUUAUAUACAAACCUUUUUGCUGUUUAUCCUGUAUGUAAUAAAGUCCUUUCUAGAUCCUAUGUGAAAAGCAAAGUGAAGCGGCUCUCAAUCUUCAGCAUGUUUCCUCAUCAGCGAAGACUUGUGUAAUGUAAAUUGUGCCAUGUUAUUAAAAAAUGUGAACUAAA